AGGGAUACCACCAACACCUUCCACCUGCCACUCGGGGAGAUGACAGUGACGCCCAUGGACUUUGCAGCGAUCACUGGUUUGAGGGUUGGAGGCGAUCCUAUCCCGUUUGACUCGGGCAUUCAGGAGGACGAGGCGGCUUUGGAGUGGUUCUUGGGAGAGGUGCCCAAGGUUGAGGAGGGGAUGGCGAGAUAUGGACAGUUCACCCGGUACCUUGCAAAGGAGGUGGCGACCGAGCAGGAGGCGGAGCAGAUGGCCCGGGCGUACCUGUUGUACCUUUUUGGUGCUACCUUGUACCCGAACAGGCGUAGCAAGGUCCACCUAUCGUACUUGCCUGCACUGAGGGAUCUGAGGACGGCCUCACGCUUUGACUGGGGAGGAGCUGCGCUUGGUGCAGCUUAUGGCUUCAUGGGGGACUCGUCGAGGACUGAGAUGAGCACUGCCGGAUACUGGCGGAUUUGGGAGGUAUGAUCAUAAUAGAGUAAAGUACAUUUCCAUUAUAUACUUAUCUGUUUGAAUACAUAAACUGCUCAAAAAUAUUCCUGCAUUGCACUAACGAUUUGAACUUCAAUAACUGUGCAGCUCUGGGUCUACGAGGUUUUGAACAUGUGUCGUCCAGUGACGAAGAGCCUGGACUUGGGGAUCCUCCCGCGUGCUCACAUCUGGAGCAAGAAGAACAUGGGAGAGAAAAGAGGGAGAGGUGACCUGAACGGCUUCAGGAUAUACCUAGACGAGCUCCGACCCUCACAGGUAGAGUGGGAUCCUUGGAGAGUGGCAGAG